AUGUCGCAUUCGAUCACGCUAUUGACAUCUUGUAUGCGUACCCUGCCUAAGCCAUUCAAUGGCGAACAAGAGGUAAUUGAAAGCAGGGAGAAGAGCAGCAGCAGUCUAGUGGUUCUCAAGAUCCCAAACGCUGCCUCGGCUCUUUUGGAGAGAGAGGGCUGUACGCCGUCCGAUACGGUGGAUCGUCGUAGAGGUGCCACGCAGAUAUACCGAAGACGACCGUAUAACCCUGAUUUCCGGCAGCGCGUAAUGGAACAGACUCACCGGUGUGACAAGCCCGCAAACUGUCGGGCCGUCAUGGAAUUGUUCACAUCCGUUCGAGUACCUGAAAAGAUCCGACGCCACGUCUCGUGGCGAUGA